GGAAGCUGGACUUCGGUGUGACGCAGCCGUAGGCUCCGGUGAAGGUGACCGAUGACGAUUCUGCCCAAGAAGAAGCCGCCUCCACCCCCGGACCCAGAGGCAAAUGGGGAGCGGAGCGGCUCCGGGGCACCCGACUCGCACUCUCGCUCUGGGGCCCGACCCCGCUCCUCCCCGCCCCCGCGCUGGGCCUACCCCGGGAACCCCUCAUCCACCGCCGAGCGACACACUCAGCAAGUGUCUCCUCCCCCGGGCAGCGCCACGUCUGGCGGAGCCGGGCCCUUGGGAGACGGAGCUUUGGGCUCGUGUUGUUGUUGUAACGGCGCGGGGGCGGGCGGCUGCUGCUCGGGGCCUGGGCACAGUAAGAGGAGGAGACAAGUGCUGAGUGCGGGGCCCGGGGCCACAGGAAACUGCCCGGAUACAGACGAUGGAGCCGGGAACAACAGCGAGGAUGAGUAUGAGACUGCGGCCCAAACACAACACUUGGACCCCGACACUGCUGAGCAGCAGGAGCUCUGCUUUGAGAAGACUCUGAGCGACAAGAAGGGCUUCAUUAUCAAACAGAUGAAGGAGGAUGGUGCCUGUCUGUUCAGAGCUGUGGCGGAUCAGGUGUAUGGCGACCAGGAUAUGCACGAGGUUGUGCGCAAGCAUUGCAUGGAUUACUUGAUGAAGAACGCCGACUACUUCUCAAAUUAUGUGACUGAAGAUUUUACCACCUACAUCAACCGCAAACGGAAAAACAAUUGUCAUGGCAACCACAUUGAGAUGCAGGCCAUGGCGGAGAUGUACAAUCGGCCAGUGGAGGUGUAUCAGUAUGGAACAGAACCAAUCAACACAUUUCAUGGCAUUCAGAAAAAUGAAGAUGAACCAAUCAGAGUCAGUUACCAUCGGAACAUUCACUACAACUCCGUAGUAAACCCUAACAAGGCCACGAUUGGCGUGGGGCUGGGCCUGCCGUCUUUUAAACCUGGGUAUGCGGAGCAGUCCCUCAUGAAGAGCGCCAUCAGAACCUCAGAGGAGUCCUGGAUAGAGCAACAGAUGUUAGAAGAUAAGAAAAGGGCCACCGACUGGGAGGCCACCAAUGAGGCCAUAGAGGAGCAAGUGGCGCGGGAGUCCUACCUGCAGUGGCUGCGGGACCAGGAGAAACAAGCCAGACAGCCGCGCAAAGCCAGUGCAACAUGCAGUUCUGCGACUGCGGCAGCAUGCAGUGGGCUGGAGGAAUGGAGCGGCAGAUCCCCAAGACAGCGCAGUACAGCAGGGUCCCCUGAGCACCCCGACCUGCAUGCAGAAUUAUGUAUGAAGCCGCCAUCCCCAGGGGCCCCACUUAUAUUAGGCAAGCCACCGUCCCCUUGCGCCCCAGGCCCUAGCAACCAGAUGAGCACAGGAGCUGACCGAGCAACGUCCCCGCUUGUGUCCUUGUACCCGGCCCUGGAAUGCAGAGCAAUCAUGCAGCACAUGUCGCCCACAGCGUUUGGGCUAAAGGAUUGGGACAAUGAUGAAAUUCUUGCGUCUGUAUUAGCCGCAUCCCAGCAGGAAUACCUGGACACCAUGAAGAAGAGCACCCUGAGAAGAGAGUCCUCCCCGGAUCACAGCUGAUGUCAUGAGACUGAGCCCCUCCUCCCAAUCUGUGCAGUGCACAGCCCCUCCCUGCUUGCCUCUGCUCCGCCCCCUCCAUCCUCACCCAGACGCCACUUUUUAUCUUUCACUGACUGUCAGCUCCGACACCCUGGGCUCUUUUUGUAAAUGUCCUUUUCCUAUUAAGCCAUAGAGACUUGUGUAGCUGCAUGUUACUGGCAACUCAGCACCCUCCUUUGUGCCCCCUGGCAUAUGCCGCAACUGCCAGUCCAGCAACCAAGGGGACAUUUAAGCCACACCUCCUUCCUAUGCCCUUUUCAGGGGCCCUGUGACUUUGGUUUGGCACUUUUUUUCUUUCUGGCAGGAGGGGGAGUGUUUUUUUUAUAUAUAUAUAUAUAUAUAUAUAUAUAUAUAUAUAUAUAUAUAUUUUUUUUAAUUUUAGUUCUAAUGAAAGACUGAGUGUGAGUGGGCACUGCCCGGAGCUUCCCCCCCCCCCACAAACCACUUUUCUAACUGACUGAGUUCUCUUCUUCUGUUCGUACCUGAUUGAGGGAACGCUCCGGCGCUCGGGAAUGACUUUCUUAUUAGAAAAAAUAUGGGGAAAA